CCUCUUAAUUUUUAUUUAUUAUAAUUCUCAAAAAGCUCGGUGAUGGGAGAGACAGGCGACGAAGCACAAGGUGUAGAGCAAGCGAGGAUUCCUCUGUUAAGGGACAAAAAUGCGGCGGAGGAGAAAGAAGGAGAAAUAUGGGUGGAGACGAAGAAGCUAUGGCGGAUCGUUGGACCAGCCAUCUUCACCAGAAUCUCGACCUACUUAGUCUUCGUCAUCACUCAAGCCUUCGCUGGCCACCUCGGCGAGCUCGAACUCGCCGCCAUCUCCAUCGUGAACAACGUCACCAUUGGCUUCAACUUCAGCCUCCUCCUUGGAAUGGCGAGUGCGUUGGAAACGCUGUGCGGUCAAGCGUUUGGAGCGAAGAACUAUGACAUGUUGGGAGUGUAUUUGCAACGAUCUUGGAUUGUUUCCUUCUUAUUCUCCAUAUUGCUCCUCCCUAUGUACUUCUUUGCGUCUCCGAUUCUUAAGUUCUUUGGCCAGCCUGACGACAUCGCCGAGCUAUCUGGUACCAUCGCCAUUUGGGUUAUUCCUAUCCAUUUUGCGUUUGCCUUCAUUUUCCCUCUCAACAGAUUCCUCCAAUCCCAGCUCAAGAAUAAGGUGAUUGCAAUUUCGUCUGGAGUGGCACUUGUAGUUCACAUAUUUGUGUGCUUUCUCUUUGUGUACGGUUUUAAACUUGGAGUCAUAGGCACCAUGGCUACUGUUAACGUGGCGUGGUGGCUUAAUAUCUUCAUAAUGUUUACUUACACCACAUGCGGUGGUUGUCCUCUCACUUGGACCGGUUUCUCCAUGGAAGCUUUCACCGGACUAUGGGAAUUCGCUAAACUCUCUGUCUCCUCUGGAAUCAUGAUUUGUUUGGAGAGUUGGUAUUAUAAGAUUUUAAUUGUGAUGACUGGAAAUCUCAAGGAUACAAAAAUUGCUGUCGACUCUUUGUCUAUAUGUAUGUCGAUAAAUGGUUUGGAGAUGAUGAUCCCGCUUGCUUUCUUCGCCGGGACCGGCGUACGAGUAGCGAAUGAAUUAGGAGCAGGCAACGGAAAUAGAGCAAGAUUUGCGAUGACCAUAUCAGUGACACAAUCGCUAAUCAUUGGAAUAAUAUUUUCGGUGCUUGUCUUAUUUCUUCAUGAUCAAAUCGGUUGGAUUUUCUCUUCAAGUGAAACUGUCAUAAAAGCAGUCAAUAAUCUUUCUAUUCUUUUAGCCUUCACGAUUCUUCUCAACAGUGUCCAACCGGUUCUUUCCGGUGUUGUGGUUGGUUCGGGUUGGCAAUCAUUUGUGGCAUACAUAAAUUUGGGAUGUUACUAUGUCAUUGGACUUCCACUCGGAUUUGUCAUGGGCUGGAUUUUCAAGUCUGGUGUCAAGGGCAUUUGGGCUGGCAUGAUAUUCGGAGGAACCGCGAUUCAGACAUUGAUAUUGAUUUUUAUUGUUACGAGAUGUGACUGGGAAGAGGAGGCACAAAAAGCAAGUGUUCGUGUUAAGAAAUGGUCGGCCUCUGAGACAAGAAAUUGAAAUGGGCAACUUGUAUAUAUUUGUGUAAUAUAUAGUUUGGUUUUGUAAACCUAAACCGGAAGAAUGACUGGUUUGUACCGCUACAUACGAAUAAGGAAUC